AUGCAAGCCAUUACAAGACGCUUAGGCUCCCAAUCCUCAACUUCGCUCAAAUCCAUCUAUCCAAUUUCCCAUCACUAUUAUGGCGUGGAUCACGAACGUUACGUUUCGACCAUAGCUACCAAGGGUGUUGGCCACCUCGUCCGCAAGGGUACUGGUGGACGCUCAUCUGUUAGUGGUAUUGUUGCUACAGUAUUUGGGGCAACUGGAUUCCUUGGUCGUUAUGUUGUCCAACAACUUGCUAAAAUGGGAUCUCAAGUCUUAGUUCCAUUUAGAGGCUCUGAAGAUUCUCCUCGUCAUCUCAAACUAAUGGGAGAUUUAGGACAGAUUGUACCCAUGAAAUUCAAUCCAAGAGAUGAAAGUUCAGUUAAGGCUGUAAUGGCUAGGGCCAAUGUUGUCAUCAAUCUUAUUGGAAGAGAUUAUGAGACAAGAAACUACAGCUUUGAGGAAGUGCACUAUCACAUGGCCGAGAAACUUGCAAAGAUUUCCAAAGAGCAUGGUGGUAUCAUGAGAUUCAUUCAAGUUUCUUGUUUAGGCGCAUCUCCUUCAUCUUCUUCCAGGAUGCUUAGAUGUAAAGCAGCCGCCGAAGAAGCGGUUUUAAGAGAAUUACCCGAGGCCACGAUCUUCAAACCUGCUGCUAUGAUUGGUACAGAGGACCGAAUUUUAAACAGAUGGGCUCAAUUUGCAAAGAAAUACGGUUUUCUUCCAUUGAUGGGGAAUGGGAACACAAAACUCCAACCUGUAUAUGUUGUUGAUGUUGCCUCUGCACUUACUACAGCCUUGAAGGAUGAUGGAACUAGCAUGGGAAAAAUUUAUGAGUUGGGUGGACCUGAGAUCUUUACCGUGCACGAAUUGGCAGAGAUUAUGUAUGAUGUGAUUCGAGAAUGGCCUCGAUAUGUAAACGUGCCUCUUCCCAUUGCUAAGGCAUUGGCAACACCAAGGGAAUUAUUAUUAAACAAGGUCCCCUUUCCACUACCCAAGCCUGAGACAUUCAAUCUGGAUCAAAUCCAUGCUUUUGCUACAGAUAAUGUUGUUUCAGAAAAUGCUUUGACAUUUAAUGAUCUUGGAGUUGUUCCUCAUAAGCUGAAGGGAUACCCCAUUGAGUAUCUUAUUCAAUAUAGGAAAGGAGGACCACAAUUCGGCUCUACAAUCAGUGAAAAAGUCUCUCCAGAUGCUUGGCCGUAA